AUGUCUUCGUCUAUAAAUGAAAAGGUACGUUUUGUUUAUUUUAAUAUAAUUGUGUUAUUUCUCGGAAUAAACUAGUUAGUCACCAUUAAAUUUCUUGCCAGUUGUCAGACUGCAAAUGCAGAAAUACGUGCUCGAAGAAAGAUGGCGAAAAGAAGAAGGGUUGCCCCUGCAGAACAGCUGGUCGUUACUGUUCUCAGUUAUGUGUAUGCGGAAAUAAAGAGAAAUCAUGCAUAAACAAGGUAGGUUUGUUCAUUUUACAUAAGUAACUCAACACUGUAUUGCGCCUAUUUUGCAUAAAAUAUUUGGGAAAUACGUAUUCUUAUGCAGAUUUAUAGCAUAUAUGUAUAUAUUAUAAGCUCUGUUAUGCAUUUCCUUACAUGUAUACUUCGUUUCUUAUGUUUUAUCUUUUCAUAUAUUUUGUUGCAACUGUUUAUGAUGUCGGUUGAUUGUUUAUUAUCUGUUAUACAGGAAGGAUAUGUUCCGCCACCAAAAAAAAAGAGAAGUAAAUCCCAAUCUGCUGGCCAAAGUAGCCAUGAUGACCAGUCAAAUGAUCUAUCAACACCUGCUUUAAGACAAUCAGAGGAUGAUGAAAACAGAUUGGAAAACAAUCAAGUUAAGGUAAGAAAUGCAAGUAUAAAAUUUUCAAACUUGAAUAUAAUGUAGUCUGUGCACUUUGCAAAAGCUGCCUUGUUUUAUAUUUAAAGGACAUAAUUAUGUCAUGGAUCAUUGAAUCAUAUUUUCAACAUAAACAAAUUUACAUAGUGUUUCACAAACUAAUGGAGUAAUGCCGAGAAUCAAGAAUCGUGUGCUUUUAAUUAGAUAUAUCAGGUGAUUUUGUUUUAAUACCUUCAAAAUUACUGAUUUCUGUCUGAAUUUCCCUAUAUAUGUUUCAGGUACAUAAAAAUUGAAUAGGGCUGCAAUGAGAGUUUGUGUAGGGACAGGGCAAAAUUUUUACUUUGUGGCCUAUCACAUCAUAAUUAACCCCCAAUGUACAUAAAAACCCUUCAACUAGGAUGUGUGUAGAGUGUAGACUUAAGUUCAAAGGUGUGCCUGCCACCUAUUUUAAAAAUACCCUCAACUUGCAAAGAGGCCAUCAUAAAAACCUAUUUAUUAGCAUAACUUAUAAUGCAUAUUACAUUAUUUCAAAUUAUUAGGCAUUUCUUGAAACUUUGGAUGCUGAUAUGGUCAAACAGCUUGCAACGUGUGUCCUCCAAAAGGGGGUUGGCAGUAUGGAUUAUAUUCAUAGCAUGAUGAUUGUAAUGUAUGAAGGUGAUGAGGAUGAAGUACCACCUGUACAACAGAAUAUCCAGGAAGCAUCAUCACCAUCAAACAGCAAUGCAAGACAGGAACCUGUUCCUGAUUGGUGCAGAUGUGAUCAUUGCUUUAUCAUGCCCCAGGCAAUUGAAAACAAGUGCUGUAAGCACAAGAAGUGUGUUACAAACACAAGAAGAUUUAGAAAACUUUGUCUUGACCCAGAAUUUUUGCUACUUAGCAGCCGAAAUGUUGGUGAUAUCCGGAAUGACCCACAUGAUAAUAACACCAGGGCAUUUAGAAAGCAGGCAUACCGACAUUAUAUUUUAGAUACAUAUGGAUAUUUAGGUAAAGGAAACAGAAAAGUGGCCCCAUCAUGUGUGGUGACAUGCAUUAGAUGA